AGGAGGCUACAUGAUGUUGAUGUGUCCAAACAUGACCCAGUUGUCAUGGUGAUUGGUUGUCCAGGAUACUGUCUCAAAAUUACUAAUGAUUAUCUGUCAAUGCUGUUUCGAUUAGUUAGACAUUCCUGUAUAUUUGGUUUUUUGUCUUUUCGUAUUCUUUAGAUGAACCAUUUGGUGAUCCCAAGUUCAUUGCUAAUAUCCUACCCUGGAUCUGUGAAAUUGAUACAACGAGGUUUCGACAUGCUGUGCAGGGCAAAUGCGUGUUCAUAAGUAUAACGGAAAUUGAGACAUUGCUGCGUCUGGAGAAGUACGAAGGAAAGGAAAAGCAUAAUUCUCACAUCAUCAGUCUUAUUCGUCCUGGAGGCACAUUUGCUUAUAAACUACUCUGCAAUGCAAUCCAUGACUUGGGUCCAUUGUACAAUGAAAAGUACCAAGAAAUGCUUCUCCUGUUGCCCGUUGACCAGCGACCAACGGCCAAGACAUCCUCUUCCGAGACAGUUCUUAAGCAAGAUUCACAGAAGCUUUUUUGCGAUGCGAUACGCGAUGCGACUCGAUCUGCGAUGGACGCGUGCGAUGCGAACUCGCGAAAUACCAGUCACAAAAGAAGUCAGCGAUGCGACGAUGCCUUGCUGAUUUGGCGCGAAGUUCAAUGCAGUUGGGUACGUCACCAUGGUAAUCGCGCAGUUUGGUACAACUUGUACAAAUUUAUAGGCAACUCUUGAACCUUUGUACAACUUUGCUGUAGAAAAGGUCAAAAUCGUAUGCCAAAUCGCUUGUCGCAUCGCCAAAGUUGACCCAAGCUCAACUUCUGCAAUGACCCAGUUGCGGCAGUUGAAUGGGCUGCGAGAUGGCUGCGAUUUGAGGAUUUCCCGGUUUCGCAGCUGUCGCAUUGCGUGUCGCAUUGCAAAAAAGCUUCUGUGAAUCCCGCUUUAACCAUGUGUGUAUGUAUAUGUACGGUACAAUCAGUAGUUCACACACACACACACACACACACACACACACACACACACACACACACACACACACACACACACACACACACACACACAUACACAAACACUCACACACUAUCUACAUUUAGGAAUAUACUUGUCAACAUAUCAUCACAGUACAUCUGUACAAUGAUAUACCAUCAAACAAUUUGUUCUUUUUCCUCUUUCCUGUCCUGUGUUUCACCACAGUUGAUGUUGCUACUAUGCGUGCAGGCAGCAACACAGCUAACGAUGGCACAGUGACAUGUAAUAUACUGUUAGUGAAUGAUGAUGGAGCAGACAAUGGUGGGCACAUUCAACGUCUUAAACAACAUCUACACAGAGUGAAUACACAUCUGUGCAAGACCACCGCUGAUCAUUCAGAUCUAACUUGCUUGUCCGGCGAUGUCAAGGAUUGCUUCGUGCCCAUGCAGGCUCUGACGGAGAAAGAUGCUCUGCAGCUGACGUAUCGUGCGCAACAAGCUGCAACUCGCCGUGUCACUGGAAGACAGCCAAUAUCUGACCGUACACCAGGCGUUGCUAUCCCAGGAGCUAGACAAGAUAAGAGUGACAAAGUGGAAGGAGGAAGGCAGUUUGUUCUGUCCAGCGCUAAGCAGCUCUUGUCUGAUCCCCAUUAUUAUGAAGGUGUAACAAGCAGUGGCAAAAGUGGUGUUGGUGUUGGUGGUGGUGAUGACACAGUUGACACAGACAUUCUGGAAAGUUGCAUUGUAAUUGGCAACGCUGGGCAGGGAAAGACAACACUGAGCAAACGAGUCAUUGCCGACAUCAUGGAGACAACGACUGGGAAUCUGGCAAAGAUUGAAUUCAUUUUCUACGUGCCAUGCCGUGAUUUGAAACGUAUGCAGUCAACUGAUUGGUGUGUAUUUCUUGGUUUGGACCAGUUGCGCAUCAGUACACAGGAGCAGUAUAUACUGCUCAAUUACCUCUCUGAGCAUUCCGACCAGGUAUUGAUUGUUAUGGAUGGCAUCGACGAACUUGGCAGUGGUGGGUUUGGCAAAGGAUCAGCAGCCCAAGCUGUAAUAUUGAGGAGCAGCAGCAGUAACUAUUCACUACUACCUGAUGCUAUUGUAAUUGCAACUAGCCGACCGUGUGAUAAGGCGUAUCAGCACAUACAGCAUUUCCGUUUACGUUUCCGACUCCUCGGCUUCUCGGCAGACCAGCUCUUUGCGUACUGCUCACGACAGCUCGGAGAGGAGGUUGCCAAGAAGUGUAUGGAAGAGCUUUCCCAAUGGAACAACUGUCUGCUGAAGGAAGCCAUUCAACAAUCUCCACUCCUAUGUGCUCUGCUCGUUCAGCAAUAUCCCAUCAACAACUCUCUACCCUCCAGUGUGACACUUUUCUAUGACCACUACUUACGCUCCUCAGUCGCAAAGCUGGAAAAGCGGCGAGAAGGGAAGUUUGGUCAAGUACGGCUUGCACAUGACGUCAUCAGUCACUGCAGUGGUGGCCGGCACUUCAGUUGUGGUGAUCUUGCCAGUAUCCCCGUGGUAAUAGAACAUCAUUUGGAGCGCUAUGUGAAGGAGACAAGCAACAAUGAUGAGGAGUGUGAUCACCAUGCUGUGGAGCUAGUCAAGGCAUUGCACAAUCUCUACACGAUGUGUCUUGCAACAUAUCAAAGGGGCAUGGCUACUUUUACAUCCACGCUGUCAACCCUCCACCAGUCCAUUUGUCAAGAUCUCGGCUUACUGCUCAACCCUGGUGUGCAUCCGUCGGCGGUCGGUUCCACGCAGACUGUGUCCUUGACUCACUUGACACUGCAGGAGUGGUGUGCAUCGAGAUGCAUCAUUUCUUCUGACUCAUGCGUAGAUAUCAUCCGCAGCUGCAUCAACACUGUCGGCACAGACUUGAACACACUUGUCUUUUGGCAAUUUGUCUUUGGAGCACUGAAGCCAGACCUUCUACAUUCAUCUUUGUUGGCUCUGAAGUCUGAAAACAGCAUCAGUGAUUACUCUUUCAAGAGCAAGAAGAAGAUGCUUCUGUUCAUGAUGAGAUGUUUGAUGGAAAGCCACAUUUCACUCCAACAUAACCGCAAUGGAAACCCCAAUCAGGAUGUAGACGCAAUCAUCCAUCGCUGCUAUGCUAUGUCAGGUAAUCUCCUGGCAGGUGAUGGAAUUGAUGUUAGGGGAAUCCACCUUGAAGUUGUUGAUGUGAUGGCCUUACAUACGGUUUUGGAGCUUGUGGACCAUGUAAAGUCUCUGGAUCUCAGCCAUUGUAAUCUGUCAGGUGACAGUGUCAUUUUGCUGUCUGACCAACUGGAUAAAUGCGUCAAGGUGACUUUGUGUGGUGCCAAUCUCACUGCAGCACCAUUGGCAAGCAUAUCAAGCACACUGUCUAGAUCAACACGGCGUACCCUCCAGGUUCUUGACAUUAGCAACACAAAGUUGACCAGUGGAUCUGCAGAUGGAGCAGCACUUGCUGGAUGUGUAAAACAUCCAAGUCUAACGCACCUGAAUGCACACUAUACAGUACUUGGCAAUGAUGGUCUGGCAGCAUUUGUGAGCAACUUGGCUCCAUGUAAUCAUAUCAUGAAACUAUCACUGGCAAGGUGCAGCCUGAAUAGUGGAUGUGGAUCUGACCUGGCAACACUGGUCACACAGUUACCACACCUUUACAAUCUAUGGCUGGAUAUGAACUCAAUCUCCAACAGUGACGUGUCAUGUGUACUAUCCAGUCUCCAUUCUCAUGAUACCAUACAGCAUCUCUUCUUUCACAACAACAGACUGACUGAUGAGCUAGCUGCUAGUGCGGUUGCCUUUCUGCAAGCUCGUCGCAGUCGUGAGCACACUGGGAGUGUCAGCACAACAUUACCACCAUGCAGGGUUUAUCUGAACGGCACUGGUGUAACAAUCCGUCUUCUACAGGAAGUGGCUACGUCUAAUCAAUGUGGUGGUGACGUAAUCGACAUUGGCAGCCGCUAUGCUACUGGUACUUCAGUACAGACUCAGUCAAUUGAUUAUCUAGUCAGUGUACAUGGUGGUCGCCUACUUGGUCAGGUUGAUGACUCCAUGAUGUCAUCACUUGGUCAGCACCUUGCAACCAACACUGACCUAGACCAACUGGACAUAGCACUGUGUAACAUCACCGAUGCUGGAGCAACUGCUCUGGCAACAUCUGGCCUUGCAGACAACACAGUGCUGAAAUACCUUCGUCUGGGCAGCAAUAGGAUACAGCUAUCUGGUGUUGUGAGUGUGCUACAAGCAGUGACAUCACCACAGUCACAUGUCAGUGCAUUGAAUCUGGAGGACAACCCAGUGUUUCAUGAUAUACAGCCCAGUCAUGCUGAUUGCAGACUGCUAUGCCAGCUUCUCUCCGGAUUCCACCAGCUGCGCUUCAUUUCAUUUGCCAAGACGGGUAUGAGUGAUGAAGUAGGUACAAGUAUCCUACACUCUCUCCAUCACAAUACACGUAUUGAAUGGAUGGAUAUGGAGAGCGAGAAGAUUGGUGAUGCCACAGUGCAUGCCCUGGUGGAUAUGAUGAGGAAGAACACAAGCUUGAGAUUGAUCAGCCUCGAGUACGGCAAGAUCACCGAUGAUGGCAUUCAAGCUAUGCUGCAGUCAUCAGGCAUCAUGAGGAUGGAGGGUGUACACUUGUACAGGAACCCAUGCUCUAUGGACAAGCUUCGACCUCCAUUGUACAAUUCCAUGCUACGGUAUAACAUCUCUACUGUCCUGGAGUUCAUCUCGGAUUGAUUGCAGGAAGACGUUGCACAACAUCAGCAUAU